CGCGUGGGAAACCUCGAGUUGGCAGUGGUCAGUAUUAUUGCUUGCACUCAGGUCUCAGUUAUCUAAUUUGAAAUCAGAGAGUCAGUUGUAUAGUUGGUUUAAGGAAACAAUAUGUGGCACGCGUUCAUAUUCUUGGAGGUGUUUGUUGUUUUGUAUAUAGCUGAGAUUGAGAGUAUAACGGUGAAGCCAUGCCCGACGAAUAAGAUAGCCCCACAUAGAAGGAUGACGCGGUAUGAUCGUGCGCAGACGAGGACAUUCGGCCAUUUCUACAGUUUGUUUGUGGAUGAGCAAGAUGCUGGCCCGGGCGGGCUGCAAGAACAACCCCAGGCGGAUGAACCUGAUGAUUGUGGAGAUAUUGAGGAUUAUGAUGAAAAUGACUUAAGCUCACUUACUACAAAUCAACAAAAGAAGAGGGCGCAUGACAAGAAUCGUUUUUUCUUUGGACAAUUUUUUAACAUCCUACAGAACGAAAUACCUACAAAGCCUUCGACAGUUAGACCAGGAAAGCCUACUUACAGACCGACGCGACCUCCCCCCGGAGGUUAUUUUGGAACGAAUUCGUAUAGACCUCCGUUGCCACACGACCCGACUGAUCAGUUAAAGCCUGUACACGAGAAUGGGAUUGAGCCAGAAAUGGUUUAUCGGCCUGGACUAGUCGGAGUACCGCUUGGGCACGUGAUUGGAGCGCAACAAAUUAAACCAACAAGAUUUUUAGGAACAACUCCGCAAAAUAAAUACAUUCAUUCGUCAACGCAACACCCGAAAGUUCACAGACAACCAAGAACAAGAAACACAUACGAAGAUGGGGUCGUGCGAUCGUUUUUAGAUUUAUUAUUUUAAGUGUUCAUUGUUGUUUUGUAAUAUUGUUGCGUUCUAACUUUCAUUUUCUUUGUUCUGUCACUUCUAACCGGCCGGCCCUACCUUGUAACCUUGGUCGGCAACGAUAUAUUUACCGUUCAAAUGUCCUACCUAUUCGUACUUAAUUCCAUUUCCGCAAGAUAAAUAAUAUACAUGUUAUACAGUUUUUGUGAAAGAUCUGUUGGUAAAGAACAUUUGCUCUGUAAAUAAUUAUUAACGUAAUAUGCUAGAAGUCUAACAAUAGACGAAUGAAUGAAUGAAAUGAAUAGAAUGAUAGAAGUGGUAGUUAUUAAAAUAGUUAUUGAUAAGUUAUUAAAUAAUAUUGAUCAAGA